CUACAGGGACAAAAACCAUGAUUUCGAAAGUAUAGGGAUAAAAGUCGCAAUUUUAGUAAACCACAGGGACGAUAAUCGUAUUUUACUCGAGGGAAAAAUGAAAAACACAAGAGAGGUUAGUCGCAAGUCCAGAAUCAGGUUUUAGGCGCCAUGUUUGUUGGUGCAUCUCCUCUUCUCUUCCUCCCCUCUUCUCCCAUCCAACCAUCAUCCUUCGAUCAUCUCAAAAUCAAAUUGAAUUUGAAUCUUUCGCGCCGUAGCGCUACCACCAAAUCAAUCCAAAACAUCGCGAAAUCGCCAUGUAGUAAGGGUAACAGCAGCAGGAACAGGAUUUGCUUAUGUGGGAGGAGGCCGUUUUUAGCAACAAUCUCCACAGCGCUCAUCCCAAUUCACCAUUCCAAUGGCUCAGACUCGCUUGCUGAUGAUCCCAUGGCUGUGCUGGACAGGGUUCAUCCUCCAAGACCUGAUUGGUAUGAGGAGUUUUACGCGGCAGCCAUGGAUAAAACAAUGAAAUCUUAUGAGGCUGAGAUUGCAGGCUACAAGUCACAGCUUUUUGCAAAUUUGAUAGGGAAGGCCGAAAAAAUAUUGGAGAUUGGGAUAGGGACAGGUCCUAAUCUCAAGUAUUAUGGUAGUGCAACUUCUGGUGCAAGUGUAGUUGGUGUAGAUCCAAAUAGAAAGAUGGAGAAGUAUGCUCAAGCUGCAGCAGAAGCUUCUGGUUUGCCUCGAAAGAACUUCAAGUUUAUUCAUGCCGUUGCAGAAGCAUUGCCUGUAGAUGAUGCUUCCAUGGAUGCGGUGGUGGGUACGUUGGUUUUAUGUUCUGUUAAGGAUGUUAACAAGACUCUUCAGGAGGUCAAGAGGGUGCUAAAACCAGGUGGCUUUUACAUUUUUGUGGAACAUGUAGCUGCCAAAGAUGGUACGGUUCUGAAAGUUAUGCAGCGUGUUUUAGAUCCAUUGCAGCAGACGGUUGCAGAUGGAUGCCAUCUUACGAGGGAAACAGGAGACAAUAUUUCGGCAGCUGGAUUCUCGAAUGUCGACAUGAAAACGGCUUUCCUUUCUUCUGCAUCACUGAUAAACCCUCAUGCAUAUGGGAUUGCUUGCAAGUAAGAAGACACUACCAUCCAUGCACAUGUAUGUAUGUAUGUAUCAUGUAUGUAUGUUAUGUAGUUACCCAUAUCAUCACCAUAAUUCCAAUUUGCAAUUUGAUCUACUCUUUGAGGUAGAGUUCAGACUGUUUUGUUUC